AUGUCUCAGUUAACUCCUAUAGCCACUUAUAACUUGGCAUUAAAGCCAUUCCAACCUCUUCCUGCAAUUGAGGAGGAUUUUCCUGUUACCAUUAGACUUACUUUGGCGUCUUUAGACCCAGAGGCAGAAGAUGAUAAGGCAGAACCUUCUACUUUGAGGAUAUUGAAAAAGGCUGCAUUCCCUGAAUAUGACGACGAGGAUGAUGAAGAGGACGAUGAGGACGAUGAGGAAGAUGAAUUAGAUGAAUUAGACGAGGAAGAGGAAGUUGUUGAAAAAGCUAAUGGAUCAAAAGAUAGAAUCGAAAUUGAUGAAAAGGAAGAGGAAGAGGACGAAGAAGAGGACGAAGAAGAGGACGAAGAAGAGGACGAAGAAGAGGACGAUGACGAAGAGGAUGAUUUGGACGAUGACAUUGCUGAAUUCGUUGUUUGUACUUUAUCCCCAAAACAACAAUUCCAACAAACACUUGAUCUUACAAUCACACCAGAUGAGGAAGUAUACUUUGUUGUCACCGGUUCAUACCCAAUUCACUUGACUGGUAACUAUGUUGAGCAUCCAGCCGAUGAAAGCGACGAGGAUGAAGAAGACUACGGUGAGUACGAUGACGAAUAUGAUUUGUCACCUGAUGAAGAUGAAAUUAUCCAUGGUAUUGACUUUAAUGAAGAUUACGAUGAGGAUGAAGAUGAAGACGAUAGAGAAGAAUCCGCAGAGCCAGGAAAGAUUCAAGAAAUAAAGGACGAAGAAGAAGCAAACAAAAAAAGAGCAGCACCAGAAGAAGAAUCAAAAAAGUCAAAAAAGGCUAAAAAGAAUGCCGCAAAGAAGGAAGAAAAAAAGACAGUUCAAUUUUCUGAGGAAUUAGAGCAAGGUCCUACUGGAUCCUCUUUGGCUAAAGACAAGAAGGAGAAAAAGAACGCUGAAUCAGACAAGACCCCAAAAGAUAAGAAAUACCCAACCAAGACCUUGUUGGGCGGUGUUGUUACCGAGGACAGAAAGAUUGGUUCAGGCCCAACUGCAAAGUCGGGCAAUAAAGUUGGCAUCAGAUAUAUUGGUAAGUUAAAGAAUGGUAAAACAUUUGACAAAAACACAUCUGGAAAGCCAUUCAGCUUUAAGUUGGGUAAAGGCGAGUGUAUCAAGGGAUUUGAUCUCGGUGUUACUGGUAUGAGCGUUGGGGGUGAAAGAAGAGUUAUAAUUCCAGCCAAAAUGGGUUACGGAUCCCAAGCGUUGCCAGGAAUUCCAGCCAACUCUGAAUUAACCUUUGAUAUCAAAUUGGUUUCAUUAAAGUAG